GGUAUACUUGGUGAGGCUAAAAUGGCUUUUUAUCAUAUUCAUAUGCUGACUCAAUUUCUUCGGCUACUACAAAUACAUUCCCUAUAAAUAAGGUUGUAACGGCCAUGCGUAUUUGUUUUCCAUUUUCAUGGAAAGCUAAAGAGACAUUUACGUUUGACCAUUGCAAAACCCAUACUGCAUCAUCCCACCCCCGCCGUCACCCUAUCGCAACCCUCCUCCUCCGUCCUCCGUUUAUGGCCAAUUUCAUCAUUUCCCUAAACCCCCCUUAGGAAAAAAAAGAACAAUAAAAAAGAUUACAUAUUUAUUAUUCUUUCUUUGUCCCAUUUCUUGUUUUCGUCUCAUUUUGAUACAAAAUUUUAAGCCAAUUGCAUUGUAUUUUACGGUGUUUAAGGGAGAAAAAUUAAUAGUCCGCUAUUAGGAUGGCGGACAUAGUGAAACAAAUUCUAGCACGGCCAAUACAAUUGGCAGACCAGGUAACAAAAGCGGCUGACGAGGUUUGCAAUUUCAAGGCAGAUUGUCUUGAGAUCAAAGCCAAAACAGAACGUCUCGCCGCGCUCCUUCGACAAGCUGCACGUGCCAGCAACGACUUGUAUGAACGUCCAACACGUCGAAUCAUCGAUGACACGGAACAAGUAUUAGACAAGGCACUCACCCUCGUAUUCAAAUGUUGUGCACGAGGAUUGAGUCGUGUUUUUACGAUCAUUCCAAAUGCUGCAUUGAAAAAAACCGCACAACAGCUUGAGAAUUCAUGUGGUGAUGUUCAAUGGUUGUUACGUGUCUCAACUCCAGCAGAUGAUCGUGAUGACGAGUACCUCGGGCUUCCUCCCAUUGCGGCUAAUGAGCCCAUUUUGUGUCUUAUCUGGGAACAGAUUGCUAUUUUAUGUACGGGUUCGUUAGACGAACGUUCUGAUGCAGCGGCUUCGCUUGUGUCAUUGGCUCGGGACAAUGAGCGUUAUGGAAAGUUGAUUAUAGAAGAAGGCGGGGUUGUACCAUUGUUGAAAUUGGCUAAAGAAGGACGAAUGGAGGGUCAGGAGAACGCGUCAAGGGCGAUUGGCCUUCUUGGUCGCGACCCUGAAAGCGUUGAGCAAAUUGUGAAUGCUGGUGUUUGUUCUGUUUUUGCUAAGAUUUUAAAAGAUGGGCCUAUGAAAGUUCAGAUUGUGGUAGCUUGGGCUAUUUCAGAAUUGGCUGCACAUCACCACAAAUGUCAAGAUCAUUUUGCUCAGGUGAAUACUAUUAGGUUAUUGGUCAGUCAUCUUGCUUUUGAAACAAUUCAAGAACAUAGUAAGUAUGCUAUUGUUACCAAACAUCAAAACAUGUCGAUACAUGCUGCUGCUUCUAUGGCCCAUUCAAAUUCUUCUAGUACUGGCAAAUUCAGUGAAAAUGAUGAUGAAAAUAAAAGUCAGAGUAAAAUUCCUCAUCCUAUGGAUAAUCAAACAACUAACCAAAUGCACAGUUUGGUUACAAGCGCAAUGGCCGUGAAAACUCAGGCACAGAAUCAGCCCAAUAUAACGAGUCCAAAUCAGCAGCAGCAGCAGCGACAACAACAGGCGAAUCAGCAGAGGCCCCACCAUGUUGGACUAACUGGGACUAGUAUUAAAGGAAGGGAAUAUGAAGAUCCUGCUACAAAAGCUGAAAUGAAAGCAAUGGCUGCCAGAGCACUUGGGCAUCUUUGUGCAGGAAAUAUUAGCAUUUGUAGCAAUAUUACAGAAUCCCGAGCUCUUUUGUGCUUUGCAGUUUUGCUAGAGAAAGGCCCUGAAGAAGUACAAUAUUAUUCAGCCAUGGCACUCAUGGAGAUCACAGGAGUUGCUGAGCAAAAUUCAGACUUGAGGCGCUCUGCUUUCAAGCCGACUGCACCUGCUGCCAAAGCCGUGGUUGAUCAAUUCUUGAGAAUUAUCAAUCAGGGAGAUUCGGAAUUGCUUAUUCCAAGCAUCAAAUCUAUAGGGCAUCUGGCCAGGACCUUUCGAGCAACGGAGACGAGAUUCAUUAGUCCAUUGGUGGCUCUGUUAGAAGAUAGGGAACCAGAAGUAACUAGAGAGGCUGCAAUUGCACUCAACAAAUUUGCUUCCUCUGAUAAUUUCCUAAAAGUCAAUCACUGCAAGGCCAUAAUUCAGGCAGGAGGAACCAAACACCUAGUUCCACACGUUUACUUUGGUGAACAAAUGGUUCAGAUUCCUUGUUUGAUUCUGUUGAGUUACAUAGCAACACAUGUUCCUGAUAGUGAGGCAUUGGCUGAUGACAAUGCACAUAUUGUGUUGGAGUGGGCUACGAAGCAAGGGCACUUAAUGCAAGAUCCUACUGUUGAAGAACUAGUGAACAAAGGCAGAGAUAGCAUGGAACUUUAUCAGUCCAGAGGCUCACGGCUGUGAACCUAUCAUCUUGUAUAAUACUUCCUCAGUACGUCCGAAAUUUAGAUUCAAUUAUGCAAAGUGUUAUCAUGGUUUAGGUUGAAAUUCGAGGCCCUCUUCAUCUUGGACCAAAGUUUUGAUAUCAAUGUGGAACAGAACAAGGCCACCACCUCUCAAAUCGAAAGGCAAAUGGCGAUACAGAUACAGUAUAGAAUUCUUGGCGCAGUCCAAGAGACUUGUAGAGAUAGGUAAUCAAGUCACAAAUUGAAUAAAACUGGUAGGUCUUGGUUCUGAAGUCAGUUUGCUGCACAGUCAAAUCUUUAUUUGAUUUGUGUUUUUUUUUUUGUACCUUUUUCUUCCCAUAUAGUUUACUUUGGAGUUGGAGCAAUGGCCAGGAUGGGUUGAGUUGUGACCUCUUGAUUACUGAACUGUUUCCUCAGAUUACUUUAGACUUGCUCUCAAAUUCAUUCCCACUUUGUAACUCGCAAUGUGUUAUGAAUUACGGAAAACGUGUACAGUAAGAGUUGAUGAAAAUAUCACCAUUCCACGGUUAACCUUC